AAGACUUAAGGUGUGCAAGAAAAAAGUGGAAAAGAAAAAGAAAGAAGAAAUCAAGUGAAGGAAAAUUAUUUUCUUAUAAAAGUUGAGAUCAAAGAAGAAAAACUUUUAGAAAACAAUUAUCAAUUAAAAGCAAAAAAGAAAGAUAGAAGAAAGUUCUUAGAGAUUAAGUGACAAUAGAGAAAUUCUUUCUCAUUGAAAAGACGAGUAAAAUCUAAAGUCAAAAACUAGAACGAAUCGAAAAACCAGUAGCGAAUAACGUUUUAAGAUGAAUUGGAAACUUUUGUUAAUUGCUGUUUCGCUGAUAGCAGGAAUAUCAGCGAGACCUGCUGACGACUCAAAAUCUGAAACAUCAACUGUUAAUAUGACACCUGAAGCAUCAACUCUUGUUACAGAAAAAAUAACGACAACAACACCAUUAGCUGAAAGUACAACAAAAAGACAACCAAAACUUCCAGAAGUAGUAACAACGACAGCAACACCCUCGACAAAAGCUGCAAAGACUGAAGAAGUUUCAACUGUCAGACCUAAAAAAGAAAAUGAGAAAAUUGAAGAGAAACGUGAUGCGAAAGCUCCAUCAAUCGAUGAAAAUCGUGAGCUUAAAGCUUCAAGUAAAAUUCAGUUGACAUCGGGAAAUGUUAAAAGUGAGAUGACAGUUAAGGAACCUUCAUUCCGUCAAGGAGUUGCAGUUCCUAUGACGUUGGAAGAUUAUGAGAAGGAAAUCGCAAGAGAAAAAGAAUUAUUGAAUAAAGCAAAGAAGAAGAUGUCGAUGGAGUCAUCAACACCAAAAGAUGGAAUUAGCACAUGGAUUUUAUUAAGUGGAAGUCAUCCAACAACACGGCCGGAAAUGAAACCAGCUUUCCGCAUUGAUAACUCUGAGAAGAAGCCUGCAAAAAAUAUCACAAUGACAACAAAGAAACGGAAUCCAACUACAGCAACAACGAAGCUUCCUAAAGCGACUCCAAAGUAUAACAAACCCUUGAACAAGCCGAUCACUCGUGUUAAAGUCACAACAAAUGGAUCGAUGAAUGAAACUGACAUUGAAGUUACCACAAAAGCUACUCCGACAACAAAGAAAAUUCAAUUGACAACUAAAGCUAAGAAAUAUACAACACUUCGUCCAAAAACUCCCACUAAAACAACGACAACAACUCAAGCAACAACAACGACGACAACUGAAGCUGUUGAAGUUGUUGAUGAUGAUACUGAAGAAGUUGCGCCAGCACCAAUUGUAGAAAAACCAACAUUCUUGAUCAUGGAACCUAAAGAUGCUGAUUUCAAUCUUCCAGAUGAUCGUUCACCAGCAAAGAAUGCUUCACCAAAAAAACCAUCAAAAGAUUCAGCAAAUAAGAAUAAGAAAAAGAAGAAGAUUCCUGUGAGUGGCGCAAACAACACAAGAAUUAAGAAGAAGUCUGAUAAGAAGAAUACAAAAUUAGCAGCUCCACAAAAACCUUUAACAACACAACUUUAUAAUUAUUUAGCACGUGAAGUCAUGCCGACAGUUGGUGUUGGAUUAGUCGGACUUGUUGUGACUGCUGGUCUUGCAACUUAUUUCUUAGGAGGUCCUUUAACAGCUUUAAGACGUUCUUAUGAUGUUUCAAAUCGACGUGAUGAUGUUGCAUUUGAUCGUUCUGAUGACUUUGGAAACAGUCAAGCUGAAGAAGAAAUGUUUGGAAAAGUGAUUGCAGGAAUGCCAGAAAAUUCUGCUUAUCGAAAUAACAUCCGUGCUAAUCCUUAUCGUCCAAAGGUUCAACAGUAUUCAGGAUAUUCACAAUACAUGCAGCAAUCACCAAAAUAUGGAGUUCAACAACAUCUGAGAUAUCGAACGAUUGAUCCGUAUCAAAAUUCCUAUCAAACUCAAGCACAAUAUCAACAAUAUUAUCAACAACAAGUCCAAGCACAAGCACAACCGAAAUCAGCAGUUGUUGAAUAUCCAGCUCAACAACAGCAAGUUCAACCGCAACCGACAGUUCAAUCACCACAAUCAACAUCUCAAAUUUCUUCCAAAUUCAAUAUUGACACUGUUGAUAUGACAACACAUGAACCAGAACGUGAAGCUUCUUAUGGAAUGGAAUAUGAUGAUAUUGCCCAAAGUUAUUAUCCACAACAAGAUGAAACGCAAUUGUCUCAAAUGAUUGAACAGCAACAACAACAGCAGAACGUCCAAGAGAAUGAACCUCAAGCACAAGCUGAAUCACAAAGAUCAGAAAAAAUUACAAUUGUUCAAGCUCAAUCUGUACCUUCGAAUCAUCGAAUUGAAGAAGACGAUCAAGAAUUACCAAAACCUGAAGCUUUGACAAUGUCACAUUCAGAAGAACAAUAUCAAAACUCAAUUGCAAAUGCAAUUAUGAAUCAGCAAAAGCAGUUUGUUGUUGGUUCGGUUAUUCCAGAUCAUUAUGAUGAGAGUCCAUCUGGUGUUGUACCAGAACAUGGUCCAAGACGACGAAGACGUCGCGAAGCAAUCAGAAAAGUGGCUAAAAGUUUGGAAGAUAAUGAGAUUGAGAGAGAAGAAGAAGAAAAUAAACGUGAAAGCGACGCGACGACAAUGAAAAGAGAAGAAUCAACAACACACAUUGAUCAUUCAACUCCACAAACAAUCGAAGAAUCUACGACGCAAUAUCCAACCCAAACUUUCAACAUUGAGAAUGGCCACAACAACAUUUUCGAUCUUUUCCGUCGUAUAAUCGAUAUGAAGCUUCGAAUGGGCUUGAAUUUCUUGCAAAAUGCUACAAUUGCUUUCCAACAAUAUUUACGAGGUGUCGAAGAGCGAGUUAAUUCUUCACCGUUGUUUAACCCUUACAAAACGAAUUCUUCAAAUACAGAAAUGAACGAAACGAACAAAAAUCAACAUAAGAAAUAUCUUUAAACUUUUAAUAGUUUUAAUUGUAUCAUGAAGAGAGAAAUUGAAAACUUGAGCUCUGAUAGCAUAACUUUGAAAGCUUUUAAGUUUCUUUUUCAAUUUUAUCUUCUUAAAAUAUCCUUUUUGAUGAAUAGUUAUGUAUCGAAAUAAUUUUUAUGGCACGUUCAUCUUUGGAUGUUUAUCCACAUAAAUGUGACAUAAAAAUUAAAAAAGCUUAAACAAGUUUAUCUCAAGGAUGUUUUGCACUUUAAGUAUCAUUUGAAUCUGCAUUUCUCUGAAGUGUUUGGUUUUAAUAUAUUUAAUUGACUGUUUCUUUAUGAAGUUUUAACAUUAAUGCGUAAGGUAUUGAAAACAUAUUUAAAAGCUGCUUUGAAUUGAUUGGAAUUUUAAUUUUUAAACUUUGAAUAAACAUUUUGAACAUUUUUAAUUUAGGAGACAAGACAAAUCGAUGUUGAUUCUACUCAAUGUCAAGAAUCUUACAUCAAAAACAUCAAACCAGUUUUGUAAUGAAAACAAAAUAAUUUCGACAUUAAAAAAGCUUCAACAUGAAAAAGCUUUUAAAUUUCAAAUCUUUUUAUUUCGAUGAAAAUUUUGCCUCCCAAUGAAAUUACUGAAACCUCCCACGAAUAAAUCUUUAUUUUGAUACUAGAAUAUUAUUUUUUCUACUUUAUUUAUCUUUCUAACAUGUUUUGAUAAAAAAAAGAGUAAAAUAAAAGUAAAUCAUGAAUAAAUUAAGAGACAUAAAAUAAAGUUAAUUUGUAACAAAGAAAUGUAAGAAAUAAAAAUUAAAACAAAAAUACUUUCACUUUUUCCAUUCAAUUAUUUCAUCAUUAUUUGUUGUGAUCAAAUUGUUAUCACGUGUUUAUUAUUGUUUGGAACUUUCAGAUCCUGCAAGUAAUGACGAUAUUUUCUUCCAACAUUGUUGAAGUUUUCACUUUCACCUCGCUUCGUCAUUACCCAAGAACUAUCGGUGCAAGUAAUCCGAGUGAUGCGGGUAAUAAACCAGCACUAACCGCUGCUAACACAGCUGUGCUGUCACCGUCGCCAUUAUUCUGACGCAUUAGCGCGUAAUUUUUUUUGUUCGGCUUUCGCUUUUUCUUUGGUGAAUUUUGUGCAACGGUCGUGACUGAAUUCAGUUCAUUACCGUAUCCCGCUGCUGCAGCACUUUCUUCUACUGUCUGAGUUGAUGGUUCUGUUUCGAUAAGUCCACCAUAGUUAGUAUUUGGUUUGUACAGAUUUAAUUCCAUCUGAUUAGGACUUUUCUUAUUAUAAGUUGAACUUUGGAAAAGUGGAAGAACAUUGAGUUUGACUUGUUGUUGUGUCAUUUUCGUUGGAGCAAUUUGUGAUGGUCGAAGUGAUACAAAAUUGUUAUAUUGAUGAGAACCAGACGAAAUGAUUCCGUUAUCUUCAUUCUUCAUUGUUUCUGUG